AUGAUUUCAACAUUCUGGAUCCUGAAUCUAUGUUUUCCCCUGCUGAUUCAGGAUGUCUUUGGAGCUCAGCAUGGCAUCAUUGGUUUUGGUCGAUCCUUAUACGAGGACUCAUGUUGCCUAGCUUGUCAUGAUGCUCUUUCCUCUUUAUACUUAGGCUGUACCACUUUCCCUAACCAUCACAAUAUGCCUGGUAUGGACACAGGCAUGAAAAUGGAGAUGGAUAUGAUGGGAACAACAAGCGAAGACUGCCGAGCCUCGGAUGAGCCGUGGCUUCAAACGAUGGCGUAUUGUAUACAGAAGAGGUGCGGCCAUGGAUACACAGAGGACCAGCAGGCCAAAUGUUUUAGUGUUCAUGCUGUGUCUGGUGCCUCGAAGCCGACCUUUCAAGAUUGCUUACCAAGCGCGGCGCCUACGGUCGAGCUGCCUCGUGAUGCGGCAUGGCUCAAUAAUACCAGCUUAGUAAAUGCUGAUCUUUAUCAUGCGACACAUGGGACGCUUGAAGAGUUUGCAAGAUCAGAGUACCUUCACACAAGAUAUUCGAUUAUUCUCUACCUUCUUGUCAUCGGUGCCUGUCUCAUCUGGGGAAUCAAGAAGCAGCUCGCAAGUAUGUUCCCUCUUGCCUACCGAAAAGUACGCAGCACAAAGCUGGCACUACGUCUUCAACACUAUAUCGGUCUACCUGCUUUAUUCGGAUCUCAUCAUCUGCAGCCACUCCCAGCGGAUUGGGGCUAUAUACCUAGUAGAGCGCUCAGUGUCUCCAUCAGCAUCUACGUCGCUCUAAACAUAAUAUUCUCGUCUAUAUCCUUCGGGAGCUUCCAACCGAACGUAUACUUCCCUUCGCAACGAUUCGAACUCUGCGAAUAUGUAGGCAACCGAACCGGUACACUGAGUCUUGUCAACAUCAGCAUUGCCAUAUUAUUCGCUGGGAGAAAUAACCUCCUUAUCUCGAUAACCGGAUGGAGCCAGACAACGUUUCUGACGCUACAUCGCUGGGUCGCGAGAGUGGCUACGGUACAGGCUAUCGUGCAUUCCGCUGUUUAUACUCUGCAGUAUGUCGAUCCUGGAUACGAGGGAGCGACGUCUUACUCAGCAAAAGCGUCCGAACCAUUUUAUUGGUGGGGGAUUAUCGGAACCAUAGCCUUGAGUCUGGCUGUAGCGUUCGCCAUCCUCCCUCUUCGAAUAGCAGUCUACGAGGUCUUCCUAGCGGUUCAUAUUGUUCUUAUUAUCCUUGCUUUACUCGCAUGCUGGUACCAUCUGGUUCCCCAUUUCGGCUUCAAGUACGGUUACCAGGUUUGGUUAUACAUUUGUUUCGCAUUCUGGUCCGCCGAUCGACUUGCAAGAUUGACUCGGAUCGUCUAUUAUAAUCAUCUGGGGCAUGCGAAAGCAAUAGUUGAGGCGAUCCCGAAUUGUAAUAUCCUCCAAAUAACCGUAUUGCCACGUACUAUGCGUGGAAUUGGGCCCGGCCAGCACACUUUCCUGUACUUCCCUACGCUGGGAAAAUUAUGGGAAAGUCACCCAUUUAGCAUUGCCGCGUGGGAUACACAUAAGCCGCCAACACCCCUCGUUUCCACGUCUCUCUCGACCUCGAAAAGCAACAACGUUUAUUGUGAGACGAAGGAGUUGGGCACCAUAUCGUCGGGGACAGAUUCUAUCCACCAGGUGAAACCGACGACCAGACCUUCAUUCCGAGAGACAGUGCCAUACAAGACGCGGGAGAAUGAUAGCCCCUCCUUUCGACUUCUGAUCAGAGCGCAUUCAGGAAUGACCGCAACGCUACUAAAACACCUUUCCUCGCCCACUCGCAUUCCGAGUGCAGAGAUAUCCGCCUAUACAGAGGGGUACUACGCAGGCCACCAUGCCACCUUCCAACCGCUUUUCACAGCCGACACAGUUCUCUGCUUAGCGGGCGGUCUAGGAAUUACACAUGCACUAAGUUUUGUCCAAGAAUACGCAAGCAGGGCGCCAGCAGAGGAUGAAGGUGAAAGAGCGGGAGGAAGUCGCGGUAUGAUGGGGAGGACCAAGAGAUUUAUCCUCGCUUGGUCUGCGAAGGAAGCCCCUUUUAUCGAGCACGUGCGGACAAACUUCCUUGCCAAUGUGCGAGGGGUCGAGUGUUGGUUCUGGUACACGGGCUCUGUAGACAUCGGAACGCAGAAGACAGACGAAGGAAUCAGUGGCUGCACACCGACAAUAGAUCAUACGGUCACGGUUGGCCGGAUGGACGUCGUUUCUGUGAUACGGUCGACUCUUGAAGCCGGACGUCAGACUGCGGUUCUGGUUUGCGGACCUGGCCAGAUGGCGGAUGAAGCGAGGAGGCAGAUCGUUAACUGUGUUAGAGAUGGCUUCUGUGUAGAUCUACUUGAGGAGGCAUUUGCUUGGUAG